CAUUUUUGAUUUCGAAAACCCUAGUGAGAGAAAUAGGAGGUUUGGUUAGAGAAUUUAGAGAGAUGGGAAGGAGGAUCCUGAACGAUGCCUUGAGGAGUAUGGUGAAUGCAGAGAGAAGAGGGAAAGCUAUGGUGGAACUCAAGCCAAUUUCCACUGUUAUGUCUUCAUUUCUCCGAAUCAUGAAAAACCAUGGUUAUAUCAAAGACUUUCAAGUCUAUGAUCCGCAUAGAGUGGGGAGGAUAACGGUUGAACUACAAGGUAGGAUUAACGAUUGCAAGGCUCUUACAUACCGAAAAGAUAUGAAGGCAAGGGAUCUUGAAGCCUACAGAUUGCAGACUCUUCCUACUCAUCAGUGGGGUUAUGUUGUGAUUACUACUCCUGACGGUGUUUUGGAUCAUGAAGAAGCCAUUAAGAAGAAUGUAGGCGGCCAGGUUCUUGGUUACUUUCACUGAAAUGAUCGUUGCCAUGCUAUUUUGGCUGUGUAUCACGUUCAGUUAUGUUUCCAGAUAAACAUUCAAAGAUUUUUUUUUCCUGUAUGAAUGUUAUAAGAUAGCAGCUCAUGCAUGGAGAGUAUGAUGAGUUGCAUUCGAUGCUUUGUGGAAAUUAGUCCUGUUUUGGUUAAAUGGUAUUUUAAACAUGAAGGAAUGUUAUGCCUCCUAUUUCUUAAUGUACUUCAAAUUCCAAGUU